UGUUGAGUCAUCUUGUUGAUGAACACAAAGUACACGCCAUUAAUCCACAUCCUCAUCACUCAAAAACUUCCAAAAUUCCAUAAUUCGUGUUCCACAUCUACGCUAUCAACCGAUUAAACACACAAAAUUCUAAAAAUAACCUAAAAUUUUCAUGUCUAAAUUGUAAUUCAUCCACAUAUCUUGACAUUAGGUUUAUAGUUCAGUGCACACCUUCAAGCAAAGUUAUCUGUUUAUAUGGAGCAAAGAUGGUGGAUGAUUUUGAUGAUUACAGUUUGUUUGUUUGUUGGUUCAUCUGGUAGAGGGCUUAAAAUCAAGCAUAAGGUUGACUCGCCGGUGUACAAUCACACGCUCACCACAAUUUUGGUGGAAUAUGCUUCUGCAGUUUACAUUUCAGAUUUAACAGAUCUUUUUGCAUGGACCUGUUCAAGAUGUGAUGGCCUAACCAAGGGAUUCGAAGUUAUAGAGCUCAUUGUUGAUGUUCAGAACUGCUUGCAGGCAUUUGUUGGGGUUGCGGAUGAUCUUGAUGCUAUUGUUAUCGCAUUUAGAGGCACUCAAGAAACCAGUAUACAGAACUGGAUUGCAGACCUAUUCUGGAAGCAGCUCGACUUUGAUUACCCUGGUUGCACAGACGGCAAGGUGCAUCAUGGAUUUUUUAAUGCUUACAAUAAUACAAUCAUGCGUUCGGGAAUUCUUGAUGGUGUGAGUAGAGCAAAAGGGGCAUAUGGAGAUCUCAAAAUUAUGGUGACUGGGCAUUCAAUGGGAGGUGCUAUGGCGGCUUUUUGUGGAUUGGAUCUUGCGCUUAUUUAUGGAUCAAAGAACGUCCAAGUUACAACCUUUGGCAUGCCAAGAAUCGGCAAUGCUGCUUUUGCAUCGUAUUAUAGCCAAAUUGUACCAAAUACGUUUAGAGUGACACAUGGACAUGACCUCGUCCCGCAUCUGCCUCCUUAUUAUCAUCAUUUCCCACAGAAGACAUACCAUCACUUCCCAACAGAGGUUUGGCUUUAUGACAUUGGAUUAGAGUUUCUUAUUUAUCCGGUUGAGAAGAUCUGUGAUGGUUCCGGAGAAGACCCUGAAUGUAGCAGAUCAGUGUCCGGAAACAGUAUCUCAGAUCAUUUGACUUACUUUGGUGUUGAAUUGGGGUGUGAUACACCAAGCAAAUGCAGUAUUGUGAUGACCCCUAAUCUUGCUUCUUAUGGAGAUGUAGAUGAUAAUGGUAAUUUCGCCUUGUAUAGAGAACCAAAACUGAGGGACCAGUGAGUCAUCUCGUUACUUGAUCGGUGUUCGUUUAUUGGUUUUGUGUAAAUAUGUUAUAUGUAAUUAUAUAUGUAUAGUUCUUGUUACUAUGAAUAUUUCCACAUGUUAAAAUAUUUUUUUGUUGCUA